AUGUGGGGAUCACAGUUCACACACACUAUAGACAUGGCCAAUUUGUGUAUUUAUUAUGACAGUUUUUUUGGCAAAUGGAGGGAUGCUUUCCUAACUGACACGAAGGCUUUGUGUGGACUGGCUGUCUCUGACCCAGCCCAUGACUUGGAGUGGCCAGACAGGAGUAAGCCGUUGGAGAGGGGCAGGGAGGCAGCAUUUGUCCACGUGGCCUCCAUUUCCCCAAGUCCUCAGCUCAAGCGGUCUUCCCUUCAGGCAGGCGUGAAAAGCCCGAGAGAAUGCUCCAAGGGAGGGGGCAACCGUGCUCCAUGCUCCUGCUCACACCCCUUCUCUUAG